AUGAAACCCAGACGCAACCUCUACGAUCGCCUUCCCCUUCGUCUUCUCUGUAUAGCUAUUCAUACCCUUAUACACUGCAUAUUCCGCGGGCUGCGGGUGAGGGUUUUUUUGGCUUCCAAUGACUCUUGCCCGUUCUUCCUCCGCCAAUUCCGCUGCUUUUCACCGAUCCUCCUCCGCCGUGGUCGCCGGAUCCGAUCUCCACAAGCGGAAGCUCGAAGAUUUCGCCUCCUCUCCAGAUUACUGCGAUCAAUUUCACGAUAGGAUGAAGAAGCACGAGGUAGAUGACGGGUUGGCGUCCGGGUAUGGGUUUCCCGCGUUUUCCGACGAGUAUUUGGGGAGUAGCCGGAUUUUUCCGUCGGCUUCGGCGGCGGCGGAGUGUUCUUGUUCUUGCGACUCGUCGACUAGGGUUGAACUCGGGACCGAGUCGACUCGGUUGCAAUUAUUUGUGAAGACGAUGUCGGAAGGGAAAACAAUCGUGUUGCAGGCGGACAAGCACGAUACCGUCGAGCAUCUCCACCGGCAGCUUGAGCUCAUGACGGGUAUUCCGGUGACCGAGCAGCGGUUGAUUUACAGCGGGAGGCAGCUACAGUACGAGCAGUCUCUGGGUGAUUAUGCCAUUGGGAAGGAUGCCUCGCUCAAUCUCGUUGGUCGGAUGAGAAGUACGGAGCAUCCCUUGGCUUGGCAAAUGAUCGACGAUAUGAUGUCCACCGUUUGUAGGAUGUGCAGAGGUGAACCACUCAGGGAGAGUACUCCGUGCAUCGAGGAGAAGUUAACGGUGUUCUUCACGAUGAUUCCAAGGGACAACAGCGACACAGCAGCAGACUAUUUGCGGAUCUUCUUGGCCUCCUCAGCACCGGCUGCUCUGGUAAUGCUGUAUGUUUCUUCCAUAGAAGUUAACAAGUUGUAUGCUGAAAGCUACGUUGGCCAUUUCCUUACUUGUUGCCGAAACUUGCCCAAGCCGUUUUACAAUCAUUGUAUACCGAUGGUGUUAGAGUUCUGUAAGCUGCUUAGGAAAGUUGCCCCUCAUGAAAGGUUGUAUAUGUCUUGCCGGAAAACCUUGGGUUCAAUGCUGGAGUCAGUUGAGGGUUUUAGUGGAUUUAAGCAUAAAAAUGAUGGUGGAGGGUUGUUUUAUGUUCAGGAAAUUUUUCCAUUCAUCAGCGAAUUGGCUGAUAAAAUUUUGAAAGACUUGGUCUGCAGUAUGGAUUCAGUCGGGAAGUCAGAGACUUUUUCUAGUGAUGUUCGUGACUUUUCGACCUUCUUGCUUCCCUUGAGGAGGGCCAUCUUAUACAGAGUUGGCUUCUCAUUGCCUAUUAAUAUACCUCUGCAGAAAAGGGGAAGUGGCUAUUCUGCAUUGGAGCUGGAGAUUGGAUAUCUCCACUUGAUAUUCAAAAACUUUUUGAGUACGAUGGAGAAGUGUCUGGAUAAAGUAGAACACUGGUUGGGUGAAAAAAGAGCUCGAGAUAGUAAAACCAUGCCUGCAUCAUGGUCUGACUAUCUGGCCGUUCUGAAAGUAAUCAAUUCGAUAUCUAACUUCUAUCAAAGUGCUAAAGAACAACUAUUGGACGUUCUAAAGUCUAGGAGGGCUUCAGUCUGUGCCCUUAUAAGCUUUGCGAAGAGAGCUGAUGAUCACCAAUGGAUUCUUGAGUACAAGGAAGUUACGAACUUUGAAGCUAGGAGGCAUUUAGUAAUGACGAUGUUUCCAGAUGUGAAAGACGAAUUUGAGGAGCUGCAUGAGAUGCUCAUUGACCGGUCCCAUUUGUUGGCAGAAUCAUUUGAGUACAUAGGGCGUGCAGACCCUGAGUCGCUCCAUGGUGGCUUGUUCAUAGAAUUCAAGAACGAGGAAGCUACAGGUCCUGGUGUUUUGCGAGAAUGGUUCUUUGUGGUAUGCCAGGCCAUUUUUAAUCCUGCAAAUGCUCUCUUUGUUCCAUCUUUUGAGGAUCGUAGAAGGUUCUAUCCAAAUCCAGCAUCCAGGGUGGACCCAAUGCAUCUUGAGUACUUUACCUUCUCUGGUCGGGUGAUUGCUUUAGCUCUAAUGCACAAAGUGCAAGUGGGUGUGCUUCUCGACCGUGUUUUCUUCGUACAAUUGGCUGGAAUGCAAGUUUCUUUGGAAGAUAUCAAGGACGCGGAUCCUGUUUUGUACAGAGGCUGCAAGAAUAUACUAGGAAUGGAUCCUGAGGAUGUUGAUUCAGAUAUCUUGGGGUUAACUUUUGCAAGAGAAGUUGAGGAGCUGGGAAAGAGAAAUGUGGUGGAGCUCUGCCCUGGCGGGAAAUCCAUUGCCGUGACCAGCAAGAACAGGCACCAAUAUGUAGAACUUCUUAUACAACAUCGGUUUGUCACAUCUAUCUCUGAGCAAGUAUCGCACUUUUCUCGGGGUUUCAAUGACAUCCUCUCAGAUCCCAAACCACUGAGAUCCUUCUUCAAGGGUAUAGAUCUUGAAGACCUCGAUUGGAUGCUUAGGGGCCGAGAAAGUGCCAUUAACAUAGAUGAUUGGAAGGCGCACACAGAGUACAACGGAUUCAAGGAGACUGACAACCAAAUCGUAUGGUUUUGGACGAUUGUGGAGGGAAUGACGGAGGAUGAGAAGAGGUCACUGCUGUUCUUCUGGACAUCGAUCAAGUUUCUACCGGUGGAAGGCUUUGUGGGAUUAUCGUCGAAGCUUCACAUCCACAAAUUGUACGACACACAGAACCCGCUACCGCUGUCUCACACAUGCUUUUACCGCAUAUGCCUUCCUAUUUACUCAUCCUUUGCCGUCAUGGAGCAACGCCUCAGAUUCAUCACCGAAGAUCAUGUCAGCUCCAGCUUUGGCAUCUGCUGAAUAUCAAAGUAACACCUCUCUCCCUCCAUGUUUCCAUAGAAAAGAAAAAGAAGCAACUUUAUUAGUUGGUUUUUUCUGGGUUGGGAAGUAGAUUCUGCUGCGCUUAGUGUACAGAUACUUAGUUGGGGGUUAACAUUAUAGGGAUCGAUGCCAAAAUAAACAUGGAUGAGAAGGAAAAGGAGAAAGGAGAAAGGUGAAACUUUUCUCGGUUUUUUCUGGUUAGUUGGCUCUUUUGUACAGUUUGGUAGGCUGAAACAAGAUUGUGGUCUGUAAAAAUCUUUUAUGGAUCAAAUUUUUGUUAAGUAGACUGAAGGUUUUUUUUCUUUUCUUGUGUGUUAUACAACAAUCUACCAAAGAGCAAAUGCAGCAUACAUACA